GUAAUGGCAGCGCCGUGGCCUCGCGUCCAUCUUUACCGCUCUCUCGGACCUGUCACAAAGGAGUCGCGCGCCGCCGCCGCCCCCUCCCUCGGGUGGGCCCUGGAGCUGGAGAAGUCAGUGCCGUAGCCCGGCCGCGCUGCUCUUGGGAAACCACUGGGGACGCGGAGCCGGGGGGAGUCGGAGACCUGGGGACGUCGGUGAGGGAGGGGAACAGACGCCCGGGUCUGCGGCGGAGAGACCCGACUGGUGCCGGAGGAGACUCCAGGAAGGGGCCCGGGAGGGAGCGGCGUUGGGCAGAGCCCAGGAAGCAGCCCGGAGGUUCUCCGCUGAGGCCCGUUGCUGAAGGCGCUUGAAGAGGUACUUGGAAGAGGGUGUUCCCCCUUUAGGGGGUGCGUGAUCGGCGGAGGUUUUUGGGGGUCGCUCUUCCGAGGAGGCCGCGGCUAAAGGGGCCCAGAACUGCCACUGGAUGACCCGGAUUCCCUGUAACUGAUAAUGCUGAGGAUCAGUUCUGCAACUUUCUUCCACAUUCAGUUGUUAAAAACAAAUAGAAUGCAAGUUCCUCGACUCCAGAUUAUGAAAACAGUACUUGGAAAACUGAAAACUAUCUAAAUGAUUGUCUUUGGUUGGGCCGUGUUCUUAGUGAGCAGAAGCCUUGGCCAGGGUCUGCUGUUGACUCUUGAGGAGCACAUAGCCCACUUCCUGGGGACUAGAGGUGCCACUGCCACCAUGGGUAAUUCCUGUAUCUGCCGAGAUGACAGCGGAGCAGAAGACAGUGUAGACACCCAGCAGCAGCAGGCCGAGAACAGUGCAGUACCCACUGCUGACACGAGGAGCCAACCCCGGGAUCCUGUUCGGCCACCAAGGAGGGGCCGAGGACCCCAUGAGCCAAGGAGAAAGAAACAAAAUGUAGACGGGCUAGUGCUGGACACACUAGCAGUCAUACGGACUCUUGUAGAUAAUGAUCAGGAACCUCCCUAUUCAAUGAUUACAUUGCACGAAAUGGCAGAAACAGAUGAAGGAUGGUUGGAUGUUGUCCAGUCUUUAAUCAGAGUUAUUCCAUUGGAAGAUCCACUGGGACCAGCUGUUAUAACAUUGUUACUAGAUGAAUGUCCAUUGCCCACUAAAGAUGCACUCCAGAAAUUGACUGAAAUUCUCAAUUUAAAUGGAGAAGUAGCUUGCCAGGACUCAGGUCAUCCUGCCAAACACAGGAACACAUCUGCAGUCCUAGGCUGCUUGGCUGAGAAACUAGCAGGUCCCGCAAGUAUAGGCUUACUUAGCCCGGGAAUACUGGAAUAUUUGCUACAGUGUCUGAAGUUACAGUCCCACCCCACAGUCAUGCUUUUUGCACUUAUCGCACUGGAAAAGUUUGCACAGACAAGUGAAAAUAAAUUGACUAUCUCUGAAUCCAGUAUUAGUGACCGACUCGUCACCUUGGAGUCCUGGGCUGAUGAUCCUGAUUAUCUGAAGCGUCAAGUCGGUUUCUGUGCCCAGUGGAGCUUAGACAAUCUCUUUUUAAAAGACAGUAGGCAGCUGACCUAUGAGAAAGUGGACUUGAAUAGCAUUAGGGCCAUGCUGAACAGCAACGAUGUCAGCGAGUACCUGAAGAUCUCGCCUCACGGCUUGGAGGCUCGCUGCGAUGCCUCCUCUUUUGAAAGCGUGCGUUGCACCUUCUGCGUGGAUGCGGGGGUGUGGUACUACGAAGUCACCGUGAUCACUUCUGGGGUCAUGCAGAUCGGCUGGGCCACACGAGACAGCAAAUUUCUCAAUCAUGAAGGCUACGGCAUUGGGGACGACGAAUACUCCUGUGCUUACGAUGGCUGCCGGCAGCUGAUUUGGUACAAUGCCAGAAGUAAGCCUCACCUACACCCGUGCUGGAAAGAAGGAGACACAGUGGGAUUUCUGUUAGACUUGAAUGAAAAGCAAAUGAUCUUCUUUUUAAACGGCAACCAGCUGCCUCCCGAGAAGCAAGUUUUUUCAUCUACUGUGUCUGGAUUUUUUGCUGCAGCUAGUUUCAUGUCAUAUCAACAAUGUGAGUUCAAUUUUGGAGCAAAACCAUUCAAAUAUCCACCAUCUAUGAAAUUUAGCACUUUUAAUGACUACGCCUUUCUCACAGCUGAAGAGAAAAUCAUUUUGCCAAGGCACAGGCGUCUUGCUCUGUUGAAGCAAGUCAGUAUCCGGGAAAACUGCUGCUCCCUGUGUUGUGAUGAAGUAGCAGACACACAACUGAAGCCAUGUGGACACAGUGACCUGUGUAUGGAUUGUGCCUUGCAACUGGAGACCUGCCCGUUGUGUCGUAAGGAAAUAGUGUCUAGAGUCAGACAGAUUUCUCAUAUUUCAUGACACACGUGAAGAGGCAUCAUGGACUUAUUUCUACUCAAUUCCAGCCAAUGUUGAAGAGAAAAACAAACAAAAAAAAAUCUCUAAUCAGUUGUGCGCACAUUGAAACUUAUAGCCAUGGCCAGAUUUUAUGCUAAAAAUGGUAGUUUGUCAAAGACAAAAUUCUCUUAGAAUCUAACCCAACUUGCCAACCCUGAGAAAUUCCUGUUAAGGCCAAGGAAAGCUGAGCGCUAACAGCGAGGCCUGUGGUCCUUCCAUCAAAAACCAUAGGAGACCGUGCCCUCCCGAGUGCUGAAACCACACCGGAAUUCUCCAUGUUGGGUGCAUUUGAUUGUUUAACAGAAUGUUUUGUCUCAUUCUAAAGUUUUUAUUUGGGGCAGAAGUCAUUAUGGAGAAGUAAAUGACAGCAUUUCUGGGUUAAGCAUAACUCCCAAGUUGGUCAGAGAGACAGUGGUAUGUCAAGUGUGGAUAUUGCACUGCAAGACUUGAAUCUAUAAACUAGAACCACACAGGUCAAUUCUACAAGCAACAUGGACGGCCUGAAAGAAGGUGCACAGACUGUGGAAAAAAAACCCCAAUUUUUGAUAUUUCUGUGAUUCCAAAGAACAUUGUAGUUUUUUUUUAACUGCAGAAAACUGGUGGUAUUUUCACAUUCAUGGUGUUUCUAUCCAGUUUCAGUACCCGCAUUUUCUGAGGAAAAAAAUGUUUUAACAAUACAGGAGGAAUUCUUAAAUUAAUUGCAAUGUUAGACUGGAGCAAAUUUGGUAUUUAGGGUAUUUGUAAGGUACCAUCAAAUCAGGUUUUUUGUUUUUUGUUAAAAAUUUUUUUUAAUCAGUAUUGUUUUUGGAAGUAAUAUACUUUGAAACUCUUGAACUAACAGUCUCAAAAACUCUUAGAGGACAGUCUGAGAGCGUGUAUUUCUAUUGUUUUAAAUAAAUACAUGUUUUUGAAUAGUAAAUUCAAUCAUGGAUUGCUGACUAUGUCUUCAUCAAAAGUGUUAAUCCCUCUCAGGGUCUCUGGUGAAGACCUUCAGGAGUUUGGUUUUUUCUCCCAGAAAAUUGGAAGGUAGAAUUGUAAAUUCAUAGAACUUAUUUUAUAAUGGUGUACCUCAGCAGCUGCCUUUCAAUUUAUGCCAAGUCCUUACUGAGUUUAUACUUGAAUAGUAAAUAUGUCUUCUGAGUUUUACAGUGUCUUAAACUCAAUGCACAUUUUUUUUCUUCCUUUCCCACCCUUUCUUGUUUGUAAUUCAUUAAACUGUCCUAUUAUAGAGCUGAUUUCCUUCCUGGCCGUACUUGUUGGGGUGCUGGAUUUUUUUCCAUGUCUUUAGUCUUCCGUAAAUUCAAAUAUAUAUAUAAAUAUAUAUAUAUAUAUACACAUAUAUAUAUAUAUAUUCCCUUCUUUAGCUUGUGGUGAAUACAGUAAUUUGCAUUGAAGAAAUAAAACAUUUGUUGCCUUUUUUGACUAAGAUUUCACAACUUUCAUUGAUGCCUACUGCUAAGGUUCCAAGACCUCAUCCUCUCAGUUUUAAGGGCUCCUUUCCAGGGUAGGAGAGAGUCAAGUAAAAAGAAUUAAGAGCAAAGGUAAUCAUUUACUCAUCCUGCAGAUCUUUACUGAGCACCUAAUAUGUUCUGGGCACUGUGCCUAUGUGGUAUACAAAACAGAUCUGUUCAUUGAGCUUAUGUCUGAUAGUGGGGAGAAAACAAUAUAUUUGUUUAAUAGUGCCUUAAAAGAAAAGAUCAGGGUACUGUGAGAGAGAAUGGGGGCACUUAAUUUAGAUGGGUAGAAAGGGGCAGAAGGAACCUCACUGAGCAAGUUAACUAUCAGUAAAAACUCCAAGGAAAAAGUAGGACAUGGCCAGGUAGAGACACUGAGGACAAGCUUCAAGGACUAUAUAGCUGUGGGAACACAACAUUCUAGGUGAAGGCCUAACAAGAAGGAAAGCUCAGUGAGCUUCAGGAUCUGAUGGGAGGCCCCCAUAGCUAGUAAGGUAGGAACUGAGACGGUACAACAGUGUGCUCCCCUGUUGGAGAAGUCAGGGGACCACUCAUGAAGCCAUGCUAAAGAUUUUGUAUUUUAUCCUAAGUGCAGUAGAAAACAAGAGUUUAGGUAUGGAAGUGCUUUGAUAAAUAACUUUAAAAGAUAGCUCCGGCAUCUAUAUGGAGAAUGGAGAAGGCGGGGGGCGGGGGGGUAUGCAGGACAGAGGACAAGCAAAUCAUGGAAGUUUGAAGUCCAGCAGGGAGACUUCGAAGUGAAGUGAAGUGAAGGUGGUCUAUAAGUUCAGUGGAGAAAAGUAGAAUUAAUAGGUAAUCUGUCACAAAUCAAAGGAAUAUGGGGAGCCUAUUAGCUUUCUAGACAUCUACCCUUGAAUUUUGUUCAUAAGUUGUAAUCUUGGAACUGCUUCAAAGGGAAAAACCACAUAAAAGAAAAAAACUAGGGAAUAACAAUGUGAAAGAGAAUAAACAGAUCAAUAUUCUGCAUUGCAUGUAUGCAUUUUAAGCAAAAUUGAAAGCUAGGUUUUUACUGAUGAUACAUUGUACCACAUAGAAAAACAAAAAAUUAAGUUAUGGCAUUUCUCCAAUGAUUUAUUGGGGAAAUGCUCCCAGAGUUCUAGUCAAAAAAAAAAAAAGUUUUUAAUGACUUACUAUCUUUUUGGAAUGAUAUUAGUAAAGCAAGGUAAAGUUAUGGUGCCAUUAGCA